AUGGCUGGCUAUGCGGUUGCAGCUGAGCCACCGCGCCUGCGGCGAGCGCAUCUGAAGGGGCAUAAGGAUGCGGUCCUUUGCCUGUGUGCAGAUGCCUCGCGCCUUGCUUCGGGUGGGGCUGAGGGCACCUGUCGCCUCUGGGAUCUGCGCUGCGAGGGAUCACGGCGCUCGGUCCGUGCGGCGAUCUUGCCUGGCGAGGUUUCUAGUGUGGCGAUUUCUUCUGCAAGGGAGCACUUGCUGUUGGCCGCGGUGGGACAAACUGUCUAUGGCUUCGACCUGCGAAGUGAGAAGGUGAUCCUCCAGGCUGCCGACAAGGUCACGCCACUUGCGAAGGAUGACAUCAAUCAGGUCGCUAUCGAUGCCAGCGGGCACCUUGCGGCGGUGGCUGAGGAUUCGGGAGCCGUGCACCUGCUCGACUUGAACACCUGGAGAGUCGACAAGAUCCUCGGUGGCAAAAAUGGCCACGAAAACAUUUGCAGUGCCGUGGCCUGGAAGCCAGGCCGCGAGUGGACCUUAGCAUCCGGAGGAUUGGACGCCGCAGUUGUCAUCUGGCAAAGGUCAGGAAGAGGGCGCAAAGUGCAGAUGCAACCGGAUGCUGGGGAGGAGUCCGCCACAUCAACUGGCGGACCUCAGCUGCUCAACCCACCCUUCGUGCAUUCGAUCGCUUAUGCGCCCGAUGGCGAAACGCUGGCGGCAGGCCUCGGUGACGGCACCGUUGUGCUCGUAGGCUCCGACCAGCGCCUCAGAGGUCACCUCGCAGCCGUGGCGCAGGUUCUGUACACUCCCGCCGGGCUUGUUUCUGCCGGCAACGACCGACAGGUCCUGCUGUGGUCAGGAUCCGAGUCGCGGUUAAGAUGGCAGCAUCCAGAAAAGAUGAACUGGAUGGCUUGGCACCAGGACUCUCUCUUCGUGGCUGACUUGGGCCCCAACAUCACUGUUUAUGAAGGUUUGGCAUGA